AUGACAGACUCUCGACGAUCCAGCACAUCUUCUGUCAAAUCAGAUGUCAAGUCUGAUAUCGAAUCUCCAGCACUCUCAUCGGAUCAGGGAGGCUUUGGAAACACACUAGAUCAGAAAGCGCAAGCGCAAUCUCAGGAACAACCUUCUGGAAGCCAGCCCACAUCUACUAUACCCAAUGGGAUACCAAAUGGUGGAUUCACUGCAUGGCUACAAGUGUUGUCGGGGUUCAUGUGCUUCAUGAGCGCGUGGGGCAUGGUCAACGCAUUCGGUGUGUUCCAGGAUUUCUACAGCAGUACUCUUAUACCGGAUGCCGUUGCAAUGGGCAUUGCUGCUUCAGGCUCGAGUUUCGGCGGCGUCAUUUUCCCUAUCAUCUUCCGUCGUCUCGAGCCUCAGAUUGGGUUCGGGUGGGCUACGCGAGUCAUCGGCUUCAUCUCCUUGGCCACUUUGCUUGUCCCUUGUUUCUGCAUCAAGGCUCGCGCUUUUCCGAAGUCACGCAGAAAGCUACUGGACUUUGCCGCUUUCAAGGAACCCGCCUAUGCCCUGUUUAGCCUUGCCAGCUUCGUAGGCUUCGUAGGGCUUUAUGUUCCGUUCUUUUACAUCUCUACGUAUGCGAGAGAUGUGUCUGGUUUGGAAGACACCCUCUCUUUCUACAUGCUUCCCAUGAUGAGUGCUGGAUCGAUCGCUGGUCGAAUCAUCCCUGGCCUUGUUGCGGACAAAGUUGGUGCUCUCAACGUGCUCGGCUUUUGUAACCUUUGCGCGAGUAUCCUCGGGUUCUGUUGGAUAGCCAUUCAUCAUACUGCCGGCGGUCUGAUCAUUUGGGCUCUUCUCUACGGUGCUCUGUCUGGUGCCUUCGUCAGUUUGCAGCCUACCACUGUGGCUUCGAUCACGGAAGAUCUCAGUACAGUCGGUGGAAGAAUGGGUCUGCUUGUGGGCAGCGGCAAUUGGGUGGGCAUGCAGGUCUUUUCUGGUGCUACCCUUUUAGGUGCUGCGAUCCUGGUGAUCGUUACCAGGAUAUCUGUCACCGGUCUUGAUGUUUCUGUCAAGGCAUGA